UCCUUCUCUAUAUAAACACUCACUCCCCCCAACACUCUUCAUCAUCCAUCACUACACACAUCUCCUUUUGCAAGCCAACAAAUAAGAAAUAGUAAAAAAGACCUAAGUCAGUGAUCAAUAUGGCCGGAGUGAUAAAGUUGGUAUGCUUGGUCUUGGCCUGCAUGAUUGUGGCCGGUCCAAUCACAGCUAACGCGGCUAAGAUCAGUUGUGAGGCCGUUCACAACACCUUGGCACCGUGCAUUGUAUACGUGAUACAAGGUGGUGCCAUUCCCCCAGCUUGCUGCACCGGCGCUAGAAACCUUUACAGCAUGGCUCAUACGACCGCAGACCGUCAGCAAAUUUGCGGUUGCAUUAAAAAAAACGCUAGACUUGUAGGCUCUGUUCUCAACCCUGGCGCUGACCGUGCAGCUGGACUUCCUAAGGCAUGUGGAGUCAAUAUAUCAUACAAGAUCAGCUUUAGCACCAAAUGCAAGACCGUGAAGUGAUGAGCGACGGUCAGAUAAAACUACAAGCGGACGUUUCAAAUGGCUGUCUUAAGAGUUUUUAACUAUUGUGGUGUUCCUCUAUUAUAUGUAGUCGGUCUGUGUACUAUGUUCGCAAACAACAAUAUAUGAAUUUCAGACUUGAAGUUUACGUUACUC